CCGCACCUGCGCUUAGAAGAAUCCAAGUCACUGACAGUCUGGCCACAAGACGACGGGAGGAGAUCCAGACACACUUUUAUCUUUCUGCUCAGCAUCUUGGUGGAAUUGAAAUACAACUGUGGUGUUGUUACAGAUGAGCCUGGCAGAACCAGGAGAAACAGCCUCUUAAACGUCUCUUUAUGAUCAGCUGUGCCGUCCUGCGUUAGAAUAACGCGUUUCAUGCUCGUGGACGGCAGCGUCGAGCGCAUUAAGGUACCGCUCGGGGAAGCUGCACGGUAGGAUAAGGUCUCCAGGGUCUGGUCUACUGGUUUUCGAUGGGGAAGUAGGGCGCUUGGUGGUGGAUGGUUUGUAAUAUUUGAAGAGUCACUGCACACGUAUCACUAUUGUUAUUAUACACCGAUCCAGUCGCCUCACCUUUUAUCCUCACCAUGAAUUACCUGCGACGUCGACUGUCGGACAGCAAUUUUAUGUCCAACUUGCCUAAUGGCUAUAUGACUGACCUCCAGCGGCCCGACCCUCCGCAGCAAAGCCCCGGGCCGGCGGUGUCGCCCGGAGCGCAGGAGAGGCGGCCACCUCCCAGCCAGUCGAGCGGGGCCGGCUUUUUCUCCUCCAUCUCCAACGCUGUGAAACAAACCACCGCAGCCGCCGCGGCCACAUUUAACGAGGCUGCCGAGAGAGCGAGCUCUGCACACGCCAAGAUUCUGCUGGUCAUCGAUGACCAGCAGACGGACUGGGCCAAGGUUUUUAAAGGCAGGAAGGUUCACGGGGAAUUUGACAUCAAAGUGGAACAGGCUGACUUCUCUGAGAUUAAUCUGGUGGCUCAUGCAACUGGCAGCUAUAGUGUGGACACUGAAGCUAUUCGUGGUGGCAACAAGAUCACAAAAUGUUUCAAGCCAGACUUUGUACUGGUGCGGCAGCAUGCUUUCAGUAUGGCCAAGAAUGGAGAUCACAGGAACAUUGUGAUCGGUCUUCAGUAUGCUGGCAUCCCUAGUGUAAACUCUCUGCACUCUGUAUACAACUUCUGUGACAAGCCAUGGGUGUUCGCUCAGAUGACCAGAUUGUACAAGCAAUUGGGGCCAGAGGAGUUCCCACUGAUUGAACAGGUUUACUACCCUAACCACAGGGAAAUGAUCACUACCCCUGGCUUUCCUGUGGUGGUGAAGAUGGGCCAUGCUCACUCUGGCAUGGGAAAGGUCAAAGUGGACAAUCAGUAUGAUUUCCAGGACAUUGCCAGUGUUGUGGCCUUAACUAAGACUUAUGCCACUUCUGAGCCUUUCAUUGAUGCCAAGUAUGAUGUCCGUAUCCAGAAGAUUGGGGACAAUUACAAAGCCUACAUGAGGACAUCUAUCUCUGGAAACUGGAAGACCAACACAGGCUCAGCCAUGCUGGAACAGGUAGCCAUGUCUGAAAGGUAUCGUAAGUGGGUGGACUGGUGCUCUGAUGUUUUUGGAGGUCUGGAUAUAUGUGCUGUUGAGGCAUUACAUGGCAAAGAUGGGCAAGAUUACAUUAUUGAGGUGGUGGGAUGUUCGAUGCCUCUGAUUGGGGAUCAGCAGGAAGAAGAUCGGGCUCUGAUAGCUGACCUGGUUGUGUCCAAAAUGAACCAGACUGUCCCACAAACUUCAGCUCCUUCUCCGGUCCUCUCUCAGGCUUCAGCGCCGAAAGUUGUUUCACCUCAGCCUGUCACUCAACCCAGAGUUCCGCAAGCUCAACAGCGUCUUCCUCCACAAGGUGGGCCACCACAGCAAGCACCUAUGGGUACUUCCUCCCCUCACCAAGGGCCCGUUCCCCAGCAGCGACCUUCUCCCCAGGGACAGCCUCCCCCCCAGAUGCAGACCACGACCAAUCCUGUUGCGCAGAAUCCUCCAGCUCAACAGGCCAAACAGCCCAACCCUGCCCAGCAUCGGCCGCUGGGCCAGGGGGUCUCAGGCCAGCAAAGGUCUCCUACAUCCAUGGGCUCUACUCAGCGUAGCCCCAGUGGGUCUCUUCAAAGUCAGAAACCUCAACAAGCACCUAUUCAACAGCGGCCUCAGCCUGGGGGGCAGGGGGCGAAACCUGUAAGUGGUCAGCCCCAGCAAAGGCCUCCACAACCACGACAGGCUCAGCCAGUAAGGCAGCCCACCCAGGGAGGCCCUCAGCAAGGCCAGCAGCAGAGAGGUCCUCAGCAACAGCAGCAGGAGCAUGGUGGUCCCAAACCUCCCACCACCCAGCAGCCACGACCUUUCGCACAGGGACAGGGGGGACCAGGCGGUGUGCGUCCACCACUGCAGCAGAAGCCCCAGCCUCCACAGAAACCUAGCCCUGACCACCCAGCCUUGAGUGGAUCCCCACAGCUCAACAAAUCCCAGUCUCUUACCAAUACCUUCAACAUUCCAGAAACGCAAGUGGCCCCACACCCAAGUCUUAGUCAGGAUGAAGAGAAAGCCGAGACCAUCCGCAACCUGCGGAAAUCCUUUGCCAGCCUCUUCUCAGUGGAAUAGACACACAUGUGCAAACACAAACAAACACCAUCUUAGCACCACCAUUCUAAGAAGACAGGCUGAGAAACAAGAAGACAAUUAGACAGACAUAAAAUUAGAUUGAUACAGUCAAACAGAUACCCCUUGCAUACACACAAAUACUUGAGGACUUGAGACACAGCUUACACAAAGGACCAAUAACAUGACUUAUUGUUAUGAACAUCCUGUGCAUGUCUUAUCAUUGCAUCUACUGUAACAUUAACAUAACACCCACUGCCUACACAAAUGAAUGAUCACAAGAUCACAAUAAAGGGAAGUAUUGCAGCUGGCUUCUACAGUGCUGCUAGUGAGUGCACUGCACCUGUGUCUCAAAAAUAUUCCCAGUGCUUCUGGCUACUCACACAUGCAUUGGUAAUAUAUGUCUCUAUCCACAUUGUUUACUUCAUUUAAACUAAUCAUUAAUAUCUGUGACUAUUUAGAUGGUGUUCAAGUGUUUUAAAGGUAACUUUUCCUGCCAGAUCAUAUUUUUGGCAAAUGUAAGAUCUGAACUAGCUAGAAAUUUUAGCUGGACAUGUCAACAUUGGAAUGCCAUUUAUCGAUGCAGUAAUGGCAUCGUCUCACAUGAUUUAUAUUUCAACAUCACAUAUUUGUGACCAAAAGAUACAUUGGCGUACUUGCUUGAACACAGUUUGAGUUCCCUGGUGAACCGCUGUGGUAAUGUUAGAGUAAAUAUUUAAUCUGUAUGGACAGGCUUUUGUCAAGUGUCAAAAUAAGCCACUAGCUAUGUCUUUGAAACUGCAUGUCAAUCAAGGAAGAGGUAGUCACAUAAAGCAGUGCUGAUUGUGCUUUUGUAAUUUUGUGCCAUUCUGCAUAGAUAAAGUAGCUGUAGUCGAGUGUUCAUUUUUGUGACGAAUCUGUAGCUGCCUCCCUGUUUUCCCUUCUCCUGAAAUAUAAAUAUGAAUAAUACACCCUUUUAAGCCCUAAAUGUGAUUAACAUGCCUUAGAAAGACAAAAACAGCUUUCAGUUUUGUUCAAGUGCAUACAUCUCAGGGAUGUCCUGGAGAGUGACACAAUAAUAAAGUGUCUAUGAUCCGGUCUUCCAAACCAAUAGUUCAAAACUCAAUGACUGACAGUUGUAAAGGAAUGAAGAGAAUGAAUAUAGUUAUUUGCUUGUACUAUAGAAUACUGAUAUUCUGUCUGUGAUUUCUUGCGACUGUGUUUGCACAUGAGCACUGUAAUACUUGAGAAAACAUGAUAUGGAUCAAAGCUCAGGAUGGUUAAAGAAUGGAGUUAACUUCUAUCCAUAGUAUGUGUCAGAGUCACACUGAACACAAUUUAUGCCAGCCAUUCUGAGUGCCUGAGCCUAGAUUCUGAGAUUAGGAGUCCACGUGCUUGUCUUUCUAAUGGAAUCCACAGUAGGGCUACACUCCAAAGAAUGCAACAGCCAAGGAUACCAUUGGUGUAACGAAUGUCCUUGCCAAUCAAAACCAUAUAAUAUAAAAGAAGAUUUCUGUCAUAUGCUUGGUAAUAGACAGAACGGCUUUUGGUAAGUCCCAGGUUUCCCUAAGGUCUAUCUAGAAUCUUUAAUAUAAUUUCUUCAGGUUUCUGAUAGUUCAGAUGGAUCCUACAACUCAGGGGUGGUCCUGGAGGUUAGUGUCCAGCACAGUUUGGUGUUUGCUUUUAAAAACCCACUUAACCUGCCAAUAAGCUGAGUUGAAUAAGACAUGCUUGAGUAGGAUAAUCACCAAAAUAUGCAUGACAACAGCCGUCCAGGUUGAGUUUGCCACCUCUGCCGGAACUGAAUCCAUAGGUUGGUAGGGCACUGCCAUGUCUUCCAUAGGUGAGAACAUUCCAACACUGUGGUGUUAAGGGCAGUAUAAUAGAUGAGGCCACAAAGAUAGCCCUGGCCCACUCCCUGAUCCCUUUUCCAGCUUCCUGCACCAGCCUGUUGUGUAUCCAUAGUGAUCCCUUGUGCCAAUGGUGCAUUAGUGUAAAUGUUGUACCGUAAUUUGUCAAAACCAAAUAGAAGUGUUGUACAGACUGUAACUUAACAAAUAAUGCAAAUGCUGUUUUUUUCCCUUUUUGUUCAUUAUAGUUAGCCGUGAAUACUUUAAUGUGUUUGUCAAGUUCCUCUAGAAGUCUGGUUGAUGAUUUUAUUUAGGUUUCUUUGAUAUAUGCCUUGCUUUUUGUGAAAGCACUUUGUUUUAAAUGAUUUGCAUCACUCACUUAUUUUGGAGUUCUAUUGCACACAAUAUUAGUCAUCUCAUUAAUAUAAAAAUGAAAUGAAGUGAUUUGAUUAGCUGAAACUGAUGCUGUCUGGUCCAGUUACAUGAUGUGUCUCAGGCAAAUUUUUAAUGAUGGACUAUGUUCUUUAAACAAGACUAUGUGAGCGUGCAAUUAUGGAUUCGAUGGGCUUUUAAUUAUGCACUGUAUUAGUCAGGAAUUGUAUGAUUAGAGGAAAUUGAUGACCUUUGCUUGUUUUUCAUUUAUAUAAAUUAUCACUGGCCCUCAACUCAGGCUUAUGCUUCAUUAAAUUUUUGUUUUUUUACGUAAUCUGUUCAAAUUUCUCAUGCAGUGCAUAUUGAAAUAUGGUGUCUGUUUUUAAAGUAUAUUUAUUUAGCAAUUUUGAAUGGUUUUAUGCUGUGUUGACUGUAGGAAUCUCUGUGAAAAAUAUCUAUUGAUGCCUGCCAGUUGUACAAAACAAGUAAAGAAUAUAUAAAGCUGUCUAAUAUACAGAUGAAGAGAUAUUAUUGAAUGUAAUUAAUAUUGCAAAUAUUAUGUUGUUACUGUAGCUUAAUAACUGUGUGAAAUGACUAUGCUGACAAAAUGUGCACAUCUUCAAUAAAGCAUAUAAGUCUGAAGAUA